AUGAAGAAGUGCGGAGAUGUGCCUAACCCUAUGACAACUCUGCUGGGACAAUUUUUGCCAAUUCCAGGUAAAGUGGAUCUCAAUGAACAACAGCUUGAGAAUGGAUCCUUACAAUCAGUAGCUAGCAGUGCCACAUUCCAAUCAGAAGUAAAUCUUCAAGGGCCAACAAAAAUGACUUUAGUUGGAUAUUGCGAUUGCUUUGCCAAUGGUGAUUUUUGCAACAACUGCAACUGUAAUAAUUGUUACAACAAUCCACUUCAUGAAAUCGAGCGGUUUAAAGCUAUUAAGGCUUGUCUUGAUAGAAACCCAGAAGCUUUCCUACCAAAGAUUGGGAAAGGGAAACUGGGGGAUAUUAAACCUCGCCACAACAAAGGAUGUAAUUGCAAGCGCUCAGGGUGCCUUAAGAAUUAUUGUGAGUGCUUUGAGGCAAAAAUUAUGUGUUCCUCUAUUUGCAAAUGCAUUGGUUGCAAAAAUUAUGAAGAAAGCCCAGAUCGAAAAACACUAAUGAACAUGCCCAACUACACGGAGAUUAGAAAUAAUGAAGAAAACAUCCUUGUUUCAACAUCUACAUUUGAAAUGUUAUCAAAAUCUAGAAGAGACAGGCAACCUACUACAUGGAUAUCCUGGGAAGUGGUUGAAGCAACAUGUGCUUGUCUGCUGGCACAAGCUGAAGAGGCAGAAAAAGAAACUUACUCUGUUUGUCUAGCAGAGCAAAUGAUCUUGGAAGAGUUUGGGAGAUGCUUGUCACAGAUUCUGCAUUCAGAAUUUAAGUCCAAAGGGCUGACAGUUGAGCAAUGUACAAUGUAUUCUAAAACUAAUGAGUGUUCACUUUAUUGA